CCUCCGGGCGGACCCCUUGGUUUUCCAUUAUCGCCUUCUCCGGGGCAAGAAAAACUGGUGGCACGGCCGGAAGCGCGGUAGCCCUCGGGUUCGAGACAACGGCGCCGUUUAAGGGAGAGCGAGCGUCCUGGUACCAUUGGAGCCGCUAGGUUCUUCACCCGGGCUCCGGCCCAAAUUGGAAAAAAACCUACAAAGUCCUGGCGGCCUAUAGAAGGGCGCUGAGGACCGCGAAGCUUACGGCGCCCGAGCCUCGGCGGUCCACCGGAAGCCCCGCCGAGCCUCUGCGGUCCACCGGAAGCCCCGCCCCUGGGCGGGGCCAGAGCGCCUCUCGGAGGAAACAACCGAAGUCCUGCCCCCGCGGCGGAGCGCGCCUGCCAUGGCUGAGCCCCCGGGCGCAGGCUCCGCCGCCCUGCGCUUGGCUGCCGCUGCCAGCUGGAGAGUCGUGCGCGGACGCUACGUGGAAUAUUUCCCGCGAGUGUUGGAGUUUCUGCGGUCCCUGCGCGCUGCUGCUCCCGGCUUGGUUCGCUACCGCCACCACGAGCGCCUGUGUAUGGGCCUGAAGGCCAAGGUGGUGGUGGAGCUGAUCCUUCAGGGCCGGCGUUGGGCCCAAGUCCUGAAUGCCUUGUAUCUCCACUUUCCAGUGUCUGGACCUGCUGUCGUGCGGGACCCCAAAGCUACAGAGCAGGAUCUGAAGGUCAUCUCAGAGGCACGGGAAGCCUUUCACCGGCAGGUAAAGCUGCUGGCUGAGGCCCCUGAGGAUUUGGAUUGGAAGUUGCUGGAACUUGAACAAGAGUAUGGGGAGCCCUUUCUGGCUGCUGUGGAAAAGCUGUUUUUUGAAUACUUGUGUCGGCUGGAAAAAGCACUGCCUACCCCACAGACACAGCAGCUUCAGGAUGUGCUGAGCUGGAUGCAGCCUGGGAUGUCUGUCACGUCUUCCUUUGCUCUGAGCCAAUACAGUGUGGACAUGGGGUGGCCACUUCCAGAGUGCUCUGUUACUAACCCAAUGAACAUGUCAGAGCCCAUGGAGCCCAGUCCUCCUCAGCAACCAAGACCAGCACUCCAUCAACCUGCGCCAAAAACCAGCCCCGCCCCACCCCUUCCUCAGGGACCAGCCUCAAGAAAGCACCCAGAACCUCUGGCUGCCCACCACUUCAAUCUGGCCCCUCUGGGCCAGCGAAGAACCCAGGCCCCGUGGGCAUCCAGGAGGGUAGGCCACGCGGAGCCCCCCACAGUCAUGCUGUUCCCCUCUCGGAAUCUGAGUUCACCCACCCAGGUCAUCUGUCAACCCAGAACAAAAGAACAAGGGACACGCAUAGCAGUUCCAGCAGGUGAUGGAGGCACAGAAGCAGCCUCCCCUGGGAAGUCCAGGAGUCCGUCCCAGACCCUGGGCGGAAGGACUGUGAAGGAGAGCCCAGGUGACGUGUCCGCCUCGGAGCAGAAGGAGUGA